AUGGAUACCGGUGGCCAUCCAGGCGUUCGUAGCCUGCUCGCCAAGUUCGAAACCCAACAGGCCAACACCACCUCUCCGCCCUCUCGCGGUAGAUCCCCCGUUGGUUCCGAUACCCCUGGCUCGACUAGGCCCUUGUCCAAGGUGCGCGCCAGCUUUAUUGCGGUCGACGGCGCCGUGCAGUCAAGUCCUGUCUCAAGCCUGCGGAGAAGUGCCAGCACGCGGAGUGAUAGCCCGGCUGCUCCCGUGCGCAUGCGCAGCUUCAACUCCGAUGAGAUGGAAGACCCUGUGAAGACUCCCCUGGCGUCCACUCCACCAGGCAAUGGCAUCGACGCGACCUCCAACGCUAAGACUUCACCGAAGCCCGAAGAACCCGUUAAAUCGCUGCAGUCGCCUAUACGCGUGACCAAGGAAGCCUCGCCAACCGCGAAGGAAAACAAGUCCCCAACGCCCGCGCCAGCAAAAACCGCCACUGCAACUCCGAAGGAAAAGGCGCCUCCCGCGCCUGCCCCUAAGCCCUCGCCGGUGAAGCCGAAGACUGUAGCCAACAACAUGGCGACCAAACCAGAAAACUCCGCGAAACCGGUCCGCUCCGCGAAGCCGGCUGCUGGCGCUACGGCUAAGGAACCAGCCCGUAAGCCAAGCCGCGCAGCUCUGAACACCGCAUCCAAACCUACCACGCGACCGCCUCGCGCUUCAAUGCCUGCUACGAACGCCACUAAAUCAGCGCGUCUUCCAUCGUCGGCGACCACGCCUAGCUUGUCCUCAACGGCUAAAUCUGGUACCAACGCGGCCAAAUCUGGUACCAACGGACCGACCCGCAAGCCUCCUGUCCAAUCACGGACCAACAACUCCACGUCUUCUACUACUCGUAAGCCCUCUGCUCUCGCUUCCGUGGCAAACGAGCGUCCCAGCUCCCGUACGAGCAACAAGCCUGUGGACGAGGGCUUCUUGGCGCGCAUGAUGCGUCCUACUGCUAGCUCCGCGCGUAAGGUACAUGACAAGGUGGAGCCCAAGAACCCAUCGGGAACCAAAACCACACGGACUGCAUCGAAGCCCGUCCCUAAGCCCACUUCCCGUUCUACCAAAUCCAAGGCACAGACCUCUGCGGCGUCAGCACACUCCAAGGAAGAGUCUGUGGAGGUUCAUUCGCCGGAGGCCUCUACUCAGGGUGACGUCCCGGUGAAGACUACCACGCCUACCUCCUCUCUUGCAUGCUAUCCCUUCGGUCCCUGA